AGUGUGACACAGAGAGACGUAUCCAUCUUUCUGACCCAUCCUUCAAUUAAAUUUUGACCCAAAACAUCAAACACUUGGGAAAAAACAGAAUUCAUCUUUUCUCGUUUUCAUCAAUUCCAUUUCACACCUUUUGUGUGUGGUUACGAUUCUUUCUACCGAAUCAAGAAACUUGUCUUUUGGAGUGUGAGCAGAGCAAAACAGUUCUCGAAGUCUGAGGAGAGAAGAAACUGAAGGUUUUUUUAAGGAGUUACAUAGAUUCUUUGUCGGAAAUUAUGGAUACGAGUGAGGCUAGGAACCGUAAAGUUCUUGCAGUGGAGAAAACUGAUCUCGAAGUCCCUGAGACUGCUCAUCAGAUUAGCAGCGAUUCAUGGUUUCAGGUAGCAUUUGUACUAACAACUGGUAUAAACAGCGCCUAUGUGUUGGGAUAUUCCGGGACAGUCAUGGUUCCUUUGGGUUGGAUUGGUGGUGUGGUUGGUCUCAUUCUUGCUACAGGGAUCUCCCUUUAUGCAAACGCUCUUAUCGCCAAGCUUCAUGAGUUUGGUGGAAAAAGACACAUUCGUUAUAGAGAUCUUGCAGGCUUCAUCUAUGGUAGAAAGAUGUAUCGUGUUACAUGGGGAUUGCAAUAUGUCAAUCUUUUCAUGAUUAAUUGUGGCUUCAUCAUACUUGCUGGUUCCGCCUUAAAGGCCGUUUAUGUACUUUUCAGAGAUGACAGCUUGAUGAAGCUGCCUCACUUUAUCGCCAUCGCGGGUGUAGUAUGUGCGAUUUUCGCAAUCGGUAUUCCUCAUUUAUCAGCUCUUGGAAUCUGGCUCGGAGUUUCAACAAUCUUCAGCAUAAUCUACAUUAUUGUUGCAAUAGUUCUAUCAGUUAAAGAUGGAGUAAACAAACCUGAAAGAGACUAUAACAUACAAGGAUCAUCAAUAAACAAACUCUUUACCAUAACAGGAGCAGCAGCAAAUCUAGUGUUUGCAUUCAACACGGGAAUGCUCCCGGAAAUACAGGCCACGGUGAAGCAACCAGUUGUUAAAAACAUGAUGAAGGCUCUGUAUUUUCAAUUCACUGUUGGUGUUUUACCAAUGUAUGCCGUUGCAUUCAUUGGUUAUUGGGCUUACGGUUCCUCGACAUCAACUUAUUUGUUAAACAGCGUCAGUGGACCUCUAUGGGUUAAAGCACUCGCUAACAUUUCUGCUUUCUUACAGUCCGUUAUCUCUUUACAUAUUUUUGCAAGUCCGACUUAUGAGUAUAUGGAUACGAAGUAUGGAGUCAAAGGAAGUCCAUUAGCAUUUAAGAAUCUGUUGUUUAGAACAGUAGCACGAGGAAGCUACCUUGCGGUGAGCACUCUUCUCUCUGCGCUAUUGCCGUUUCUUGGAGAUUUUAUGAGCCUCACGGGAGCGAUAAGCACGUUCCCAUUGACAUUCAUAUUAGCGAAUCACAUGUAUCUAGUGGCUAUGAACGAUAAGCUCAGUCUUGUGCAAAAGCUAUGGCAUUGGCUUAAUGUUUGCUUCUUCGGAUUAAUGUCUCUUGCAGCUGCUAUUGCUGCUGUAAGACUCAUCUCUGUUGAUUCAAAGAACUUCCAUGUUUUUGCUGAUGUUUAACCAAAAAACUCUAUGCUUUUGUAUUCUUCGAUAUUGUUAACAUUGUAUUAUCUCAUAGACUCAUACCAAAUAUAUAAAAAGCGCUGUAAUCCCUAUUUUGUUCA